AUGUCGCUUGUACGGAAACUCGUUCUCCUCGCCACCAUUCUCGGAGCUUUCGGGCUCCCAACGAACCCCGACCAAAAGGGCCUUGGCUAUGUGGGUGAGACCCCGGCUGGCCCUCCCACAUGCCUUCUUCCUCCAGUCCUUGAGCCGCCCGAUGAUGGCCUGCCUUCAGGAGCCACCGUCUUCUCCGGGGCCGAAGCGUUGGAGACCCAAGUGCGACGCCAUCAAGCCAUUGUACGUGUGCCGACGGUGUGCUACGAUGACCUCGGCGACUUUGACACGGACCCGCGCUGGAACCGCUUUCACCGUCUUCACGAGGUGCUCCAAGAGACGUAUCCCGCCGUACAUGGACGUGCCCGACUGGACAAGGUCAACACCUUCGGCCUAGUCUACACCAUUCAAGGGUCCGACCCAUCGCUCCAGCCCGCCCUAUUGACGGCGCAUCAAGACGUGGUCCCAGCCGGCGACCCAUGCGCCUGGACUCACCCGCCCUUCAACGCCACGUUUGACGGCGAGUGGCUCUGGGGUCGCGGCUCCGCAGACGACAAGGCCUCUCUAACGGGGCUUCUAUCCGCCGUCGAGGCUCUCGCUUCCAUAUCGGAGUGGACCCCGCGGAGAUCCAUCAUCUUGGCGUUUGGCUUUGACGAAGAGUGCUCCGGGUACCGGGGGGCUGGGUCCAUUGCCAAGUAUCUCCUUAGUCAGUACGGCCACAAUGGACUCGCCCUGAUCCUCGAUGAGGGCACCGGUGGGAUCUCGCCAUUUGAAGACGGCACCCGGUACGCACCUGUCGGCGUCUUGGAAAAGGGCCAUGUCGAUGUCACAUUUGACCUCAGGGUUCGUGGCGGCCACAGUUCCACACCACUUCCACACAGCGGCAUCGGCAUCGUGGCCGAGAUAGUCACUGCUCUUGAAGCACACGUCUAUGAGCCUCGAGUCACCACCGAGAGCCCAGUGUACAGCCGCCUGGUCUGUCAGAUGGAGUACUCGCCCGAGUCAGACCCUGAGCUAUUCCGGCAUGUGAGGAGCGGCGACUUGGGCAGGCUUGCGACGGAGCUGUCAUUGAGAGAUGCCUUCUCUCGCUACUCUGUCACGAGCUCAGUCGCCGUGACCACUAUCCAGGGCGGCCUCAAGAUCAAUGCGUUGCCCGAGGCCGUCACGCUUGGGGCCAAUUUCCGGGUGGCUCCUCACGACAGCAUUGCCAAGAUUCUUCAGGCCGUCCUCGAAGAUAUCAGCGGUGUGGUUCACAAAUAUGGGCUUACUGUCACCGCGUAUGAGGAUGACCAAGAGUAUCAGGGGGCCCUGACUAACAGAGCGGAGCUCGAAGCGACGUUGUCCAGGGUCGGGUAUAACGGAGCAGGCGAUAACGGAACACUGACCUUGACAGCCUCAGAAAAGUUUCCCGUUACUCCACAGGCACCAACCCAUGGUGCGGCUUGGGAUGUACUAGCGGGAACAAUCCGUCACUCCUUCGCCGCCGACGACGGGUUGGUCGUGCCCUUCGGCGAUGUCAUGAUGGGGAAUACAGAUACACGACAUUAUCUCGAUCUCUCUCCUAGUAUAUAUCGCUGGCUGCCGCUGCUUCCAGGAGACAUGGUCGAUUACCAUGCCGUCAAUGAGCGCAUCCGAAUGGGAGCCAACCUGAAGAUGGCGGAGUUCUACUAUGAUCUUAUCCGCAACCUUGGGCACGUGGAUCUCUAG